AUGGAGAAUGAGGUGGUCCGAGUGUUGGUCCCUGAUCAGGAGCAGCAGGGGCAGUGGCAGGGGCAGGGUGGAUGGCAUCGGCCUACAUUAGCAUUGACUAGCCCUAAAAAAAACCUCAUUGCGCAGUUUCUUCUACAGCGAAGUACGACUGGAGUGCUGCCAAGAGGUUCUUGUGCAGAGGCUGCCAAAAAAUUCAACAUCCACAAAAGGACAGCAAAGAGAAUAUGGCACAUCAGUAAGCAUCAGAUAGACAGAGGGGAACCUGUCAUGAUGCAAGGCAAAGUAACAGGUUAUCAACACAAAGAUAAACUCAUGUUAGAUGAAGACAAGUUUAGAAACCUGUCCAUACUUGAGAGAUCAACCAUAAGGAAGGUUGCUUCUAAGAUGGAAGUAAGCAAGACAACAAUUGGUAGAUUUCUUAAGAGUAAUCAAUUGAAACCUCAUACAAGUGCUAUCAAGCCUACACUUACUGAAACCAACAAAAUUGCAAGGAUGAAAUGGUGUCUUUCUCAUAUUCAGCCAACACUCGCUGAAGGUAAACUUCUUUACCAUUCAAUGCACAACAUGGUUCAUAUUGACGAGAAAUGGUUCUACAUGACAAAGACAUCAGAUAGAUACUACCUGUUGCCGGAAGAAGAUGUGCCAUACAGGUCAUGUAAGUCCAAGAGAUUCAUCACUAAAGUGAUGUUCAUGGCUGCUAUUAUACCAGCAAUCAAGGCCAAAUGGCCAAAGCCUGUUCAAUCAAUUACCAAGGAAGUCAUGAAAACUUGUCUCCUAAACCAGAUUAUACCAGCAAUCAAGGCCAAAUGGCCAGCCAAUGCAAGCAAGAAGAUAUUCAUACAACAAGAUAAUGUCAAACCUCACCUUAGAGCUGCUGAUCAACUAUUUGAGACACUUGCUAGUACUGAUGGAUUUGAAUUCCAUCUAAUUAGCCAACCACCCAACUCCCCAGACACAAAUGUGUUAGACCUUGGGUAUUUCAGGGCAAUACAGUCACUACAAGAUGACAAGAUGGCCACAAGUAUAGAUGAUUUGCUUAGGAAUGUGUUUACCUCAUUUGAAGAACUCUCACCACAGACUCUGAAUAGAGUAUUCAUCACAUUGCAAAGCUGUUUGACAACAAUAUUACAAGUGCAUGGGAAGAAUGACUACAAGAUCCCUCAUAUGAACAAGGACAGAUUGCAAAGAACAGAGGGACUGCCUUUACAACUUCAGGUUGAAGAAGCUUUGGUGAGAGAGAGCUUGGAGUAUCUAAAGCUGCCUGAAAACAACAUUGGGGACACAUAUGACAUAGGGCGGCUUAACCAUGCUUUAGGGUACUAG